AUGCCGGAUUUAUGCGCGAAACGCUUCCUUCCUUCUGCAUGCUACUGUCUUCCUAUCAGCUUCAUGUUAUGUCUGCUCUUCUUCCGGCAAGUAAUAAUCUUCUUUGUCCUUACUUUUCGGGCUAAGGGUCAGCUAAAAACCGAAGUGAAGCAGCUGCCCAGGCUUGAACGUCUGCUUUUUACCAAUCAAUUACACGGUUCCUUCCAGUUGAUGGCGCGUCUUCCCGACGGCCAACCAACUCGGACCGGUAUUGAUAGUCUCUAUCUGUUGGCAAUGUAA